AUGAUUUUAUCAAAUCUCAUUGCGUUAAUGGUGCAUUCUUUAUGCGUAUUGACAUUAAUAGUAAAUCAUUCGUAUGGAGAGACGUUUACAUUAGGAUACAUCACAGGGUCACAGCGACGACCUGGAGACAUGAACUAUCCGAGACCUGGAAGAGUUAUAUCAGGUGCAAUAUCUAUGGCUAUUGAGGAAGUGAAUAAAAAUCUUCUCGGACCUAUGGGCCAUUCCUUGGACUUCGUAGUGGCGGAGACGUUUGGGCAAGAAGAAGUUUCUAUAAAACAGGUUGCAGCACUAUGGGCAGCUAACGUAUCAGCUUUCAUUGGACCUCAAGAGACGUGUGUGCAUGAAGGACGAAUGGCGGCUGCUUUCAACCUUCCUAUGAUAAGCUAUUACUGCCGGGACGUGGCCAGCUCCAACAAGCGAGUGUACUCGACAUUUGCGCGAACAAAGCCGUCGGACAUCGAUAUAUCACGCUCCGUCGUCGCUGUUCUGACGCAUUUCAAUUUCAUGCAUAUAGCAGUAGUAUACCUCAAGGCUCCGAACCAUGACUUCUCUCGUCUGGCAUACGCAAUAAUAACGGCAGCAAACGAGAAGAAAAUAUCGAUACGAACAGUGCAAGUAUAUCGUCAACCUUAUUACUAUGAAAACAGGCGGGAAAACUUUUCAAGGAACCCCUUCUUGGAUAUAGUUCGAGAGACUUACAAAGAUACAAGGAUUUACGUGUCCAUCGGUUACUAUCAUGAUCACAUCGGUCUGAUGUUAGCUUUAGACAGCAUGAAGUUGUUAGAUACAGGUGAAUACGCAGCUAUUGGGGUAGACGUGGAAAAAUACGAACCUGAAGAGGCGAUACGAUAUCUAUCAGGUCCUUUACUAAAGGAGCCUAGUCCAAGAACUGUCAAGGCUUUUCGUUCAUAUCUUGCCGUGUCGCCAUCACCCGCACCUUCGUAUCCUGCUUUUGCGAUGGAAGUGAAUAGACGACUACAAAUGCCUCCGUUCAAUUUCGUUAAUCCCCUACUGGCUCUAGGGGGUGGCAAAGUUAUACCAGUAGAAGCAGCAUGGUUGCAUGAUGCUGUUUGGGUAUAUGCAAGAGCUUUGGUCGCAGCUCUGAGGACUGGUGAAGGUCCGCGUGAUGGUCGGGCAAUUUCAGCUCAUAUGCGGAAUACAACGUACAAAAGUGUCAUGGGAUAUAGUGUUCAUAUGGACGAAAACGGUGAUGCUGAAGGCAACUACACUCUUCUUUCGGUUGAUCUGUCGCGGCCUCCUGGUCUCUACCCACUCGGUGUCUUUCACAAAAUGUCACCUGAAUUACGACUCCUUCGAGAGAUUAAAUGGCCCGGCGGUCGCGUGCCUCUGUCAGAACCACCGUGCGGAUUUCGAGGCGAAAAAUGUGUCAGUCACAUCGGUGCAUGGGCCCUAGGAGCCUCUGGAGGUACCCUCGCUUUAUUAGCUCUGGCUGCACUAGCACUGUACCGCGGAUGGCGUUACGAACAGGAACUCGAUUCUCUCCUUUGGAAGAUCGAUUUUAGAGAUCUUCAUUUGCCAGAUGACGAGCAGCGCGCCAACAAACUGAGUUAUAAAGAACAGUUGAUCAGAGCCGCUUUUUUCCAGCAAGAUAGCAGUGCGGGCUUGAACACGAAUUCAAGCAACGCGAUAUGUGAGAAGGGUAGCACGGGGGCGGCUCGUUCCAGUCAAGUCUCCCUUAGUUCUAACCCGGACCUGGAUUUCCGUUAUUCCGCCAUCUUCACACAAGUGGCGUUCUACAGGGGCCGCUUGCUUGCUGUCAAACGAGUGAGACGCCAUCAUAUCGACAUUAACAGAGAGAUAAAAAAGGAAUUAAAAAUUAUGCGAGAUUUGCAACACGACAAUGUAAACGGUUUCGUAGGCGCCUGUAUUGAGCCGCCUAAUGUAUGCGCGCUCUCUGAAUACUGCACUAGAGGUAGUCUUAAAGACAUUCUGGAAAAUGAAGACAUCAAACUGGACAAUAUGUUCAUUGCGUCGCUCGUCGGAGAUAUUAUUCGGGGAAUGAUAUUCAUCCACGAGUCACCUUUGCAAUACCAUGGUGCGUUGCGACCAUCCAAUUGCUUGGUGGACGCUAGAUGGGUUGUAAAACUGGCAGAUUUCGGGCUAAGAGAGUUUCGUCGUGGAGAACUGCCGCCUUCCGAUCCAACUGCUCUCCGGUCUCAUAUUGAAUGCCUAGUCUAUCUAUCGCCAGAGCUACUAAGGUCAGCUGGAUGGGGGAAGGAUUCUUUUCCAACAUCACUCGAAGUGCGCUGCGGUUCGCCACCUGCGGACGUUUACUCAUUCGCGUUGCUCCUCUACGAACUACAUACGCGCCGGGGCCCUUUCGGUCCUGGGGCCCCGUCGCCUCCUUCACUGCUUCGUCGUUUAGCGCAUCCAUACCCUGCGCCAUACAGACCGCCAUUAGAAGCAUUGGCAGACAGAUUUGACUGUGUACGGGAGUGUUGUGCAGAAUGUUGGGUUGAGGAAACCAGCGCUCGACCAGACUUCAAGUCAAUACGAACUAAGUUACGACCACUGAGGAAGGGAAUGAAGCCUAAUAUAUUCGAUAAUAUGAUUGCUAUGAUGGAAAAAUACGCCAAUAAUUUAGAAGCCCUGGUCGACGAAAGAACAGAUCAACUGCAGGAAGAGAAAAAGAAAACCGAGGCACUUUUAGAAGAAAUGUUACCAGCGCCUGUAGCGGAACAACUCAAGCGCGGGAGACGGGUCUUGCCAGAAAACUACGAUUCUGUUACCAUUUACUUUAGUGAUAUUGUCGGUUUCACAGCCAUGUCUGCUGAGAGCACUCCGCUUCAGGUCGUAGACUUCCUCAAUGAUCUAUAUACUUGCUUCGACUCUAUUUUAGAAAAUUUUGACGUUUACAAAGUAGAAACUAUUGGCGAUGCUUACAUGGUGGUAUCUGGUCUCCCGAUCCGCAAUGGUAUCCUACAUGCGGGAGAAAUAGCGUCAAUGGCCCUUGCCCUGCUCGGAGCCACGAGAGCCUUUCGUGUCCGCCAUAGGCCUGAUCAAAGGCUGUUGCUUAGGAUUGGCAUACAUUCAGGUCCAGUCUGUGCGGGUGUUGUGGGAUUGAAAAUGCCAAGAUAUUGCCUCUUCGGAGACACCGUUAAUACUGCUAGUCGAUUUGAAUCUACAGGUGUCCCGCUGAAAAUCCAUUGCAGUGCCGCGUGUAAGGCGUUGUUAGACCAAUUGGGAGGCUACAUUUUAGAAGAGAGGGGGAUUGUAUCUAUGAAGGGGAAACGCGAUCAAGUGACGUAUUGGGUUAGGGGUGAGGAACCGGCCGCUGCAGCCAGUCGAGCUAGGCGCCGCGCUAUACACAAGGAAGUCACCCCGAUAUCUACGAAUAAGAAAAAUAGGAGUUCACUUAAGACGCGUGGUUGGAAGAAUCAAGUGGGCGGUUUGCACAGAUGUUGCAGUUUAGAAUCUCCAAAGAAACUAAGGUUCGCUUCAGGCAAUCAUUUAGAAUCGCACAAUGAUAGUGUCCUGCACCAUAGAAGUGACGAAUAUUUAAUGGAAGUCAUCGGUGAGAACCGAGUGACUCCAACACCACGCGUAGAACACUUGGAGCCACCAAGUUUACGUCAAGAGUACACAAGUGUAUCUUGUCCUAUUAUAGAGCAUGUGCCGGAAUGUGAUAUUCGACUAAUUGUCAAUGGUGUAGUGGAUCCAGCAGCAGAACCCCUGCUGGCUGAUGCUUAA